AUCCUUCACACAGACCGAGCUCCGGUGCUCGCCAUGCCGGGCCCGGCGGCCGGUAGUAAAUCUCGGGUGUACGCCGAUGUCAACACUCUGAAGAGCAGGGAAUAUUGGGACUAUGAGGCCCACGUGCCCAGCUGGAGUAACCAGGAGGACUACCAGUUGGUGCGCAAGCUGGGCAGGGGGAAGUACAGCGAGGUGUUUGAAGCUAUCAACAUCAACAACAAUGAGAAGGUGGUGGUGAAGAUCCUCAAGCCUGUCAAGAAAAAGAAGAUCAAACGUGAAAUCAAGAUCCUGGAGAACCUAAGAGGAGGAACCAACAUCAUCCGAUUGGUCGACACAGUAAAGGACCCUGUGUCCCGAACGCCUGCGCUUGUCUUUGAAUGCAUCAAUAACACAGAUUUUAAGGAGCUCUACCAGAAGUUAACAGAUUUUGAUAUACGUUUUUACAUGUAUGAACUGCUGAAGGCUCUGGACUACUGCCACAGUAUGGGGAUCAUGCACCGUGACGUCAAACCUCACAAUGUGAUGAUCGACCACCAGAUGAGGAAGCUGCGUCUGAUAGACUGGGGCCUAGCGGAGUUCUACCAUCCUGCCCAGGAGUACAAUGUCAGGGUGGCAUCUCGAUACUUCAAAGGUCCUGAACUCCUGGUGGACUACCAGAUGUAUGACUACAGUCUGGACAUGUGGAGUCUGGGCUGUAUGCUGGCCAGCAUGAUCUUCAGGAAAGAGCCUUUCUUCCACGGCCAAGACAACUACGACCAGCUGGUCCGCAUUGCCAAAGUGCUGGGGACCGACGAGCUGUUUGGAUACCUGCGCAAAUACCACAUCGAACUGGACCCUCGCUUCAAGGACUUGUUAGGACAGCAGAGCAGGAAGCGCUGGGAGCAGUUUGUCCAGACGGAGAACCAGCACCUGGUGAGUCCAGAGGCCCUGGACCUGCUGGACAAGCUGCUGCGCUACGACCACCAGCAGAGGCUGACGGCCACCGAGGCCAUGGAGCACCCCUACUUCUACCCCGUGGUAAAGGAGCAGUCUUUGUCCAAUUCUGAUGGCAACAUGGUGUCCACUGGAUCAACUACAGCUCGAUGAGAACGGGUGGAUGUUGGUUACCUCGUCUCUUAACCCCUCUGUGGCAGAAACCUCUACAAGUGUACAGUGACUGUGGAUCAAAGCAAUGCCCACCAGUAACACACACUCACACACAUGCACCCACACACACACACACACACACUCCUUCUCUGUGUCAGUCUCUGCGGUUGGCUGGCCCCAGCUGUGUGUGAAGCAGCCAGACCCAAUGAGACUCAUUUGAUACCGUCACUGCUGCCUUCCUGCCCUAUCCCUCCCUUCCUCCUCUCCCUCACACUCCCUUUUCUCAGUAGGUAAACAGAAGCCCCCCCCCCCCCCCCCCUCUUGUUAAUCUAAGCAUGGAGAAUGAAAAGGAGUGCCAGACUGCCCCCCCUCCUCCCCCCCCCCCCCCCCGGCUGUCUGUCUACCAGUCCAGUAGCCUGUCCCUGACAGACCUCGGCUCUGGCUCCAUUCUGCUGUUGUAUUCCUGACAUGGUGGACCUCUCUGCUCCAGCUAGAACGACCACGACGAUGAUGACGAUGAUGAGGCCGCCGAUGAUGAUAAUAAUAUUAAUGGAAAUAAAAUGAUUUUUAUUUAGAUGAA